CUGGUUUCGGAGCUCGAGAAGCUUCUUUCAUGGCUUCCUCAUAGGGCAAACAUGGGGGCUUUCGUCCGCGGGAGAGAGACGGCAGACCAGCGGAGACCCUUCGAGCCGUGGAGAAGCGAGCGCCAGUCCCCCGGCACCUGAGACAUGGUCCAUUUGUGGAAGCUCCAGAAACCAUCGCCUCUCCAAUGGAUUUCUCGUGUUGGUCAGGAGGAAGUUAUUCGAUCAAUCAACAAUCGAACUUUUGACAGUAGGAAAGCUCUUUGCAGUACUAAAAUCCCCAAUCUUCAUCCAAAUAGAGAAUUUUGUUCAAAAGAAUCAUACAUUUCCAAGUCGGCAUCUGGGGGCAAUCAGCUUGGGUCCCCGAAGAGUUCGUUUUUCCAUCAUGGGGUUACUCUUUGCUGGGUAAAAACCUCAUUUUUGGUCCAUAUUAAAGGCUUUUGUACUGAUAAAACUCCAAAAGACUUGCAAGCUAUUUCUCGAAGCCCUCGUGUGGUUGCGGAGGCUCAGGCAGCUCUGGUGGACUACCUUCACUCCACAAGAGGCUUGCAGUUCCCCGAUGCAGAGCAUAUGAGCAAGCACUCCCCAAACUUUCUUGCAAAGCUUCUGAAAAAGGUAGAGGAGGGGGAAGACACUGGAAGGGCAUUAACCCGGUUCUUUCGCUACCACCCCAUCAAUGAAUUCGAGCCAUUCUUCGAGGGCAUGGGCCUGAAGCCUAGUGAGUUCGAUUCGUUUUUACCACGGGACUUAAUGUUUCUUUCUGAUGAUGAAAAAUUGAUUGAGAAUUAUCAUGUUUUGUGUAAUUAUGGCAUUGCUCGUGGCAAGAUAGGAAAAAUAUACAGGGAGGCUACUGAAAUUUUCAGCCAGGAUCCUGGCAUUCUGGGUUUAAAACUUCAGGCUUAUGAGGGACUGGGUCUGAGUAAGAGUAGCAUUAUUAAGAUUGUUGCUUCAAGCCCAAUACUUUUGGUUGGGGAUGUUAACAGGGAGUUUGUUAAGGUGCUAGAAUGGUUAGAGGACAUCGGGAUACAGCUUGACUGGAUUGUGGGGAAUUUGUCAGAAAAUAAUUCAUAUGACUGGAGCAGAAUGCUUGUAAUUUUGCGGUAUUUGACUGAACUGGGAUUUACUAAUCAAGAAUUGGGGGCUUUGAUCAGAAAACAUCCAGAUUUUUUGCUGGAUGGUUCAGGAAAGGUGGUGCUCUUGCUCUCUGGCUUGCUGUUGAAACUGGGAGGAACAAAAAAAGAAUUAUUUGGCCUGUUUUCUCAGUUCCCGGACAUCCAAAUUGGGAGUUUCAUGGAAAACAUGCGGCAUGGUCUGAUAUUGCUAAUUGAGAUUGAAAUGGACCCUGGGAAUAUUCAAAAGCUGUUGCUUACUCAUACAGAAGUGUUUGGUUUUAAUUCUUUGAAGAAAGCCAACAGCAUUCUUACCUAUCUGAAUGUUGGAAGAAAGCGCCUGUGUAGAAUUAUAAACGAUGAUCCACAUCAAUUGAAGAAAUAUGUAUUAGGGUCGAAAAUCAAUCGUCUACCAAACUCUGGCAGGAGUGAAAAAUCGCUUGGAGAGAAGAAAAAGUUUUUAUUGCGUCUGGGGUUUGUUGAGAAGUCACGAGAGAUGGAGAAGGCACUAAAGGUGUUCCGUGGCAAAGGUUCUGAACUUCAAGAUCGCUAUGAUUUUUUGGUGAAAACUGGACUGGACCCAAAUGAUGUGUCAAAUAUGAUUAAACUGGCCCCACAAGUCCUCAACCAGAAAACAGAUGUUCUCCAGAGCAAGAUUGACUUUCUUGUGAUUAAUUUGGGUUAUCCCUUAAGUUCACUAAUAGCAUUCCCUGCAUAUAUGUCAUACACUGUUGAAAGGGUCAAAUUGAGGUUCUUGAUGUACAAUUGGCUUAGGGAUAGAGGAAAAGCCAGGCCAGCCUUAGCACUAAGCAGUAUUCUUGCAUGUUCUGAUAAAAUAUUCACAAAAAAGUUUGUAAAUCAUCACCCAGAGGGUCCUGUAGUUUGGGAAAACUUCAAGAAGGCAUUAUCUUCAAGCUAACUAAUAUCUUCAUACUUGUAUUUUGCCUGCCUUUAUUUGCUUAACAAUGGAUUUAACAUUCUUUACUGCAAAAAAUUGUCUUCUGUGCUUUAAAUCCA